AUGAAUGAGAAGUUGAUGAAUUGUGCUGAACAUGGAGAUGUUGAGACAUUAUAUUCAAUACUUGGAGAGGAUCCAUAUGUUCUUGAGCGAUUAGAUCAAAUACCAAUCGUUGAUACUCCUAUACACAGAGCCGCAAGUUCUGGAAACACCCAUUUAGCCUUGGAAAUUGCUAGCUUAAAGCCCUCACUUGCUUGGAAGCUAAACCAUCUUGGGUUUAGUCCCCUACACCUAGCUCUGGAACAUGGGAACGAUCAACUGGUGAGAGGGUUUAUAAAAACUGAGAGUGAGCUCGUCCGUGUCAAAGCGAAGGAGAGGAUUACGCCUUUGCACUAUGUGGCUCAGACCAAUAAUGCCGAUCUUUUGGCUGAAUUUUUGACUGUUUGCCCGUCAUCUAUUCAUGAUGUCACCAUACGAUGUGAAACCACUGUGCAUUUAGCUAUCAAAAACAAAAAUGUUGAUGCUUUUAGAGUGUUGUUGGGGUUUCUUCGCCGAAACAACAUGGAAGAUAUCAUGAAUUUUACUGACGAGGAUGGCAACACUGCCUUGCAUAUUGCAACUUCUACAAAUCAGCCUGAGAUAGUGAAGUACUUGUUAAGAACUGGAGUCAACGUGAGUACCAGGAACUUGAGCGGUUUGACAGCUAUGGAAAUCUCCUGCAGUGAAGAAGAUUCGUUGAAAAAAAAGACGGAGCGUCUUCUACGUCGUGCUAAGGCCGUAUCAGGUUUUUCACAUGAUGCAGCGGAUCCAACGCCACACUUGCACGCAAAAUGGGUAGGGAUUUAUCAUUUACUGAAGAACGGGAGAUACUUGGGAAUAAUGGGGAAAAGCCUAAAAUUAUCGCCUAGUGAUGUCCGGAACGUCAUACUUGUGGUGGCUAUUUUGAUUGCCACCGCCGCCUACCAAGCUGGACUGAGUCCGCCGGGGGGAGCUUGGCAAGAUGAAUACAGUCCAACAACAAAUAACAGAGCUACUAAUGAUCAAAAUAAUACAAUUGGCAAAGGUCAUGGGAAAAAGGGGCACCAUGCUGGAGAGAUGAUAAUGAAUCCGAUAUUUCUGACUAUUUUCUUUGUUUUAAAUAGCUUAGCGUUUUAUACAACUGUGUGCACAAUUGUGAUAGUCAUCAUCGGGCUGCCUUAUUCGCCGAUACUUUGCACAUCAACAUGUUGUCUGUUGUUGGCGUAUUAUGUUUCAGUGGCUACCACUUUUCCAGGAGAGGUGACGCAGGGUUUGAAUUUAGUUUUGCUGAUAAUAUUUGGGAUUUCAAUUAUUUUGGUACUUUGGCUUCCAUUGCAAGCAAUACGUAGAGCUUUGAAGCUAAAAGGGCUAGUGAGGUUUCUCAGAAGUCAUCGGCAGAUUUGCGGCAUCGACUACUAAACAAAAUUUAACUUGUUGCGUCAUGGCGCGCCUUUACUAUUGAUCAUCACCUGUAACAAUAAUAUUUGUUAAACUAUCAUAUUU